AGAAGGCGACUGGGUGAAGGAGGGAGUGAGACAGGAGUCCAUUCCUUAAGUCCUAACCGGAACCAAACUAGCUUCUUCUAGCGUCUCUUGCCACCAAGGAUGGUUAUUUAACCACCUUCUCCAAAAUAGGCAUUUCAUCGUGAUGGGCAGACUGGUUAACACUCUGAAAUCAAGGCUCUGUUGAUGUCCGAGCCAAACCACCGAGCAGCUGUCACCCCGGAAGGCCGCCGUUGCCGCUUGCCUCACCGGGUGGGGAUUUAACUUUCUCUCUUUUCUGAACGCAUGGAGGUAACCAACACGUAGCCGACCUUCCAGCCUCUGGUAGAACUUGCUGUCAUCCGCUAAGAAUGGAUUCCUCCUUGGGAAUCGGCAACGAGGAGUGCUUGGCAACUGUAAGAGGUCUGGAGCUGAGGGCUGGCCAGAAGGAGGCCAGACUGCUGUCACUAAUUGAACGCGGUGGCGAGUUUAUUCUGGGCGUGCUUGCCACCCCUGAUGCUGUUGUGGCUCGUCCGGUGGCCCAGCUGUCCAUACCUAUCAAUGGUAAAUUUGAGAUUGUGAAAGAGGCAGAGGAGGCGCUUCUCAUUGACUUCUCCCUAGCUUCUGGGCUCAGGAUACGAAUAAAAGGAGAUAAAGUCCCAGAGCUCCAGUUAGAACUCCAGGAUGAUGAGCGCACUCAGACUUUCCUCACGCAGGUGAUAAGCGCUCAACAACAAGUUCAGUUGAAUUUGUCCAAGCCCAGCGUGAUGCAUCCUGUUGCACAAAUAUCCCAAAGAGGUACAGUCCCCGUCCCACCUCAGAGAGGACACAAGGCUGCCAAUUGUGUGGACUCUGGAGUCAACCUGCCCAGUACGACCAGUGCACUGCCUCCUACCCUCAAUAGAAGCACAUCAACACAUCGGACUAAUGCAGCUCAGUCACUUGCCUCAGACUUUGGCUUUGAGGACAACUUCAAUCACACCUUGAAAGUGGAAGAAAAGAAGAACCACCAGAACAGGAUUGUGGCCUCAAGGGAUCCACCUCCUGUUCCUCCCCUUCCUCCCCGCAAAGCCUCCUUCACACCAUCUUAUCAGCUGCCUGCUACCCCUCUUCCUAAAGAGAGAGUUGUCUCCUCUCAAGCCAAAGACAACUCCUCCAGUGGCGUCAGCAGACCAGAUAGUUUUCGAUCGAGCUUCGAACGAGACAGGCCACCAUCUUGGUGUGACAGUCCCACCACAAACACUAUGAGGCAAGCCAUGUUCUCCAGCCAGGCAGGACAGAGAGAAUACCUCAUCAAACACCGCCUGGGAAAGAAGGAAAACGAAUAUGUGGACAUCCAGAACUUCAGGUUCUUCACUGGUACGUGGAAUGUGAACGGACAGUCUCCAGACAGCACCCUUGAGUCGUGGCUGUCUUGUGACGCAGAACCUCCAGAUAUGUACGCCGUGGGUUUCCAAGAGUUGGACCUGAGCACUGAAGCUUUCUUCUACAUGGACUCCUCCAAGGAGCAACUAUGGGUGGAGGCAGUUGAGAGAGGUCUACACCCUAAAGCACAAUAUAAGAGGGUUCGCAUCAUAAGACUGGUUGGCAUGAUGCUGGUGGUCUUCGUCAAUAAGAUGCACAAGAAUAACGUUAAAGAAGUGGCAGCAGAACAUGUCGGCACAGGAAUCAUGGGGAAAAUGGGGAACAAAGGAGGCGUGGCUGUGAGGUUUGUGUUCCACAAUACUAGCUUCUGCAUUGUCAACUCUCAUCUUGCGGCACACGUUGAGGACUUUGAACGACGCAACCAGGACUAUAAAGACAUUUGUGCUCGCAUGACCUUCCACCUACUGGACCACCCCCCUCUGAGUAUCCACAAGCACGAUGUGGUAAUCUGGUUUGGAGAUUUGAACUAUCGCCUCUUCAUGUACGACGCUGCUGAGGUCAAACACCUCAUUUCCCAGAAUGAGCUGAAAAAGCUUCAGGAGUUUGAUCAGCUGAACAUUCAGAGGCAGACCAAAAGAGCCUUCACUGACUUCAUGGAAGGAGAUAUCAACUUCAUCCCUACGUACAAGUACGAUUCCAGAACAGAUCGUUGGGACUCGAGCGGGAAAUGUCGCGUUCCAGCGUGGUGUGACAGGAUACUGUGGCGGGGCAACAAUGUCAAGCAGCUGAAGUACCGCAGUCACAUGGAGCUGCAAACGAGUGACCACAAACCGGUCAGCUCCAUCUUCAAGAUCGGGGUGAAGGUAGUCAAUGAGCAGCGCCACAAAAAGGUUUUUGAGGAGAUUGUUCGCGCCAUGGACAGAAUGGAGAACGAUUUCCUUCCAUCAGUGUCUCUUAGCAGGAGAGAGUUUACAUUUGAGAAUGUGAAGUUCCGGCAGCUCGAGAGGGAGCGUUUACUCAUAAAGAAUGACGGGCAGGUCCCCUGUCACUUUGCCUUCAUCCCCAAACUCAACGACUCACAGUACUGCAAGUCAUGGCUGCGUGCCGAGCCAAGCGAGGGAUUCUUAGAACCAAAUGAGACCCUGGAGAUCUAUCUGGAGGUCUACGUCAGUAAAGACUCCGUCACGCUGCUCAACUCCGGCGAGGACUCAAUUGAGGACAUCCUGGUGCUCCACCUGGACCGAGGCAAGGACUACUUCAUCACCAUCUCCGGCAACUACCUGCCCAGCUGCUUCGGCACCUCAUUGGAGACCCUGUGUCGAAUGAAGAAGCCCAUCAGAGAGAUUCCUAUCACCAAACUCAUUGACUUGGGAGAGGACAGCUUCACGGAGAAGGAACGGUCAAAGGUGAACUUUCUGAUGGGGGAUGGUGCAAGCACAGAGGACAAACCUCUCAAAAUCCCUAAGGAGGUGUGGAUCCUAGUCAACCAUCUUUUCACCAAGGCUUGUGAUCAGGAGGACCUGUUCCAAACACCAGGAUUAAAGGAGGAGCUGCAGGCCAUCAUUGACAGUCUGGACACUAGCAUUCCAGACACCAUCCCUGGCUGCAACCACUCUGUGGCUGAGGCUCUAUUGAUCUUCUUAGAGGCUUUGCCAGAGCCGGUCGUGUGCUACGAGCUCUACCAACGGUGCCUGGACUGUGCCCACGACAGCCGCCUAUGCAAACAGUUGAUCUCCCAGCUGCCCCGAUCCCACCGCAACGUGUUCCGCUACUUGAUGGCUUUCUUGAAGGAGCUCCUCAAGCACGCGCACAACAACAACCUAACAGCCAGCCUCAUAGCCACCCUCUUCGCCAGCCUUCUUAUCCGACCUCCUCCCAGCAUGGCGAGCCGACAGACAUCCCACGACCGUCAGAAAGCCAUCGACUUUGUUCUGGGUUUCCUGAUGGCGGGAGAUGAAGAGUAACUCAAAGUCACACCUCUUCAUUCUUUACAGUGUCUCCAUAGGAGCCAAAGAAGACAUUUGAAACCCGUCACAAACUCUCAUGUUAGAGAGCCCUGAGGUCCCUUGUUGGGCCUCCACUUGACCUUUAAUGCUUUUACCAAGUGUUCAUACAUAAACCAGUUUGGCCACUUGGCUGGAUUUACAAGCACUUUGGAGCGGUGUGCAAGGACCGGCGCCUCCAGACCAGAUUUGUCCUCCUUCCUAACCGACCCAGAAUGAACUCAAUCUGCACCAAAGAGAGCGGCGCAGAUGUGAAAACACUAUGUGUCAUUAGCUCAGUAAGAAAUGAUUAGUCUAGUGUACCUCUCAUAGAAGUUCCAUUUAUUUUUGGACAAACUCUUUACUUUUCAUGCAUUGUCCGUUUUAGUUGAAGGGGUUCAGACACCCGCUAGAACUACCUGUUAUUUAUACAUUUCCAUUUCAACGUCACUGUUUGCACCAGAUGAUCUAGAGCAGUGUUUCCCAACCUUUAUGGAGCCAAGGCACACGUUUUACAUGAGAAAACUCUCAUGGCACACUGCCAAACAAAAAUGUAUGAAUGGCAACAGUUGGCUACACAGAUUAAAUAUGUACCUUCUGCCACCGAGUGGCUCAUCGACUCACAAAUGAACAAAGAUACAUUAUGUCUAAUAAAUGGUAAUAUUUGGACUAAUUAAAUGAAAUUGAAUAUGAUAGUGUGCUGCAGCACACUGGUUGGGAAUCACUGACAUAUUUUGUCUUGAAUGUUUGCUGUGUUUUUCUUUUGGGAGCCUUACAUCAAGUUUGUCCUGUUCCUCCGGAGUUAUGAAACACGUCUUUUAAUUGAUACACUGACUUCCUGCUUCAACAGUGCAACCUGCUGUCCCCAAGGCUGUAAAUAGUGAAUGUUGACCUGUGGUGUGGUCGUUUGCCGUCAUGAAUGGUACUAUCUAUAUUGCGUGUCUUUUGUGCAGACGCCUCAUCUAAACACGAGUCAUAGUUUUGACUUCCUGCCCGCCUGACAGUUUCUGUGAUGUGUGAUGCAGCGUAUUUGGGAUCAGGUUUUGCAAGGUUUAUUGGGUGAUUGUAGGAUGUGUUCUACUUCUACGCUGUACGUCAUACGCCAAUCAGAGACAGUGUUUUAUAACAGAUGACAAAUGAAUGGAAAAACACAUCCUAUCAUCUGCUUGUAAGUCCUCAUUCAUGCUGGUACGGUUUUGCCUUGUGAUGCUCGCUGCGGCUUCAUCUUAAAUGUGAGCACAUGACGCAACUGCUGACAAUCACGCAUGCAGGCCUGAUGGUGCUCCUCUUUUUUUGUUCACUUUCGGUUUCAUGCAAUUCACAGCCUGUUCGGAAGCGUUGCAGCUUGUUUCUAUCCGGGAGAGACAUGUUCCAAUCGUUUUCUGCCCUUGUGCUUUACAAAUUCCACAAUCUCGCCUGAAAUCAAAAACCUCAGUGCUGUCCUAAGUCAGUGAAUCAUCUGUAUUUAUGUGAGUUCUAGUGCAGACACACAAGUGGUCACCAUGUGCUCCUUAAUGAAGGUACUCCUUUCAGCUUCUUUGACUUUUUAAUUUAUUUAACGGAAAUAAAAACAUUUAAAUGUC